AAAAGUCCGAUCGUGGUAGACAUCUAUAUUCUGUUGUUUUCGGUGGCGUAGCGUUGCAGCGGCUAGGGGAUCCGCAAUGACCACCGCUGCCAGACCCACAUUCGAGCCGGCUCGGGGAGGCGGCGGGCGUAACGAGAAAGACCUGGGUGCUCUCUCGAAGCAGUAUUCGAGCAGAGAUCUCCCGGGCCACACCAAACUCAAAUACAGGCAACCCGGCCAGGGGACCAGCGACGAACUCAAGUCCAAGGACUUUCGCCGAGAGCUUGAGGAACGCGAGCGCAUAGUCACGCACGAGCGGGACGGAAAGAAGAGUGGCCGAGAGUCAUCAUCCUCAUCGUCGUCAAAAAGGCCGAGGUUAGACCAGGUGCCAGCCUCUAAUCUUGAUGCAGACGACUCCAUUGACGAGGAGGAAGACAGUGACGACAGCGAAGAGGACGACACGGCCGAGCUGAUGGCUGAGCUGAACCGGAUCAAGAAGGAGCGCGCACAGGAGGAGGCCAAGAGGGAGGCUGAGCGGAAGGUUCAGGAAGAGAGGAUCCGGAUGGAGAACAUCCUGAGCGGGAACCCGCUGCUCAACUCGACCAAGGCGGAGUUCAAGGUGAAGCGACGUUGGGAUGACGACGUUGUCUUCAAGAACUGUGCCAAGGGAGACCUGGAGGGCAGCAAGGAGCGCCACUUCAUCAACGACACGCUGCGGUCGGAAUUCCACAAGAAGUUCAUGGAGAAAUACAUAAAGUGAAUCGGCA